AUGAAUACCUAUUGGCUUGUUGGUGGAAAUUUCAACUGCAUCACCCAUUCUGCAGAGAAGACUAGUGGGAGACCUCCAAAUCUUGCUAAGAUGAAUAUAUUUUCUGAUAAUAUUUUAAAAGCUGGUUUUUUGACAUUGGUUAUAAGGGACAAGAAUUCACUUGGAAGAGGGGUGUUAUAUGGUUGGAAGCCAUUUGGAGAUGUUUUUAAAGCUGUGGAAACUGUUGAAAAAGAUGUGAUAGAUUUGGAGAACUUAACUCUAAGAGAUGGAGGGGAGGAGAACCUCUUACUGGCUGCACAAGAAAAUAUUCUUCUUGCCAUUGAUAGACAAGAGCAAUUCCUUAGUCAGAAAGCUUCAAUCAGUCACUUCAAAGAGGGAGAUAGGAACACUAAGUUUUACCAUGCCUAUAUCAAAUAUAGGAGACAACACAAUACAAUUCAUAAGAUUCACAAUUCAAAUGGAAAUUGGAUUUUUGAUAAUUCUUCCAUUGCCACUGAUGUUAUUGCUCAUUUCCAGCAAAUUUUAACUCAGCCAGACCUCCAGAGAUCUCCCAUUGAAAAUCUUUAUUCUAUUGAGGAGAUAAAUAACAUUUCCAAACUAAAUCUUACUUCUCCUCCCAAAGAGAAUGAAAUUUUGCAAGCUCUUCAAGGUAUUGAGGGUUCUAAAACUGCUGGGCCUGAUGGUUUUACAAGUGAUUUCUAUAAGAAAGCAUGGGAAAUCAUUAAAAAUGAAGUGAUCACUGUUGUUGAAAGUUUUUUUCAAG